AGGCUUGCUCAAGUGUAGCGAGUACAGCACCCGAAACAACGGGAGCGUACGUGAACUCCAGGUGUUGUUUACUCCAGUUUAUUCGUCAAUGUGUGCUCCUCAUUGAAAUUAUACAGGCGGGGAAAACGCGGGAAGAUGAGUGUACGAGAAUUUGACGACUCGAAGGGAACCGUUCGUGACUUAUCUGCAGUCCGACAUCCCUAUUCGACGAAACGGAUGUAACUUUUCUUCGUGUACCGCGUGGUACCGCGUCGUGCGUUGACUCAUACCUGCUCGUGCUGCACAUUCCGUACGUGUAACUCAUAACGCAAAUGCCGCGGAACGGAGGCCGGGACUGAGCGCGCCCGCGGUCAAUUAAUAUAGAACGCGAUAAAAAUCACCCACAAAAUCACGAUGAUAAUCGCAUCCCUCUUGUUCUUCUGUGGCAUUUACUUUGCGUGCGCUCAGAAGUAUGAGGGUUGUUUUCGGAGCUCCGAUCACGAACUACCCAUCCCGGCCUUGACGUACUCCAGCACGCCCGUCGACUGCAUAAAAAGAUGCCGUUCUCAAUAUUACAUGUUUGCGGCGCUAAUGAACGGGCAGCAGUGCUACUGCAUCAGCAAAUUCGGUCAGGAUGGUCCAUCCACUAGCUGUACUGCAGUCCCCUGUGCCGGUGAUCCUAAUAGCUAUUGCGGCAGCUACGAAGCUAUGAGCAUUUACGCUACCGGUCAGCAAGGGCCAAGUCCACCGAGAAGAGUAUUGGUGACCGAGGAAAAGAAAGAUGCUCUCAGAGUAAUAUGGCAGCCGCCAGACAUACCCAACGGAAACGUGACAUUUUAUACCAUCCGCGCCGUCGUCGUGAAGACGCACUCGAGCAACAUGUUGCCACCUAUCGAGAGCCAGAUUCAAGGGGGUGCGUCGAACAUGACGACUCUGAGAGGUCUACAGCCUGGCACGAAGUACAACAUAUCUGUCACCGCCAGCAAUACGCAGGGACUCAGCGAUCCGGCUUACACUACGGCGUGGACUCUGAUCGGUUCUCCCGAAAAACCAACCGUCCCCGAAAUAUUGGCACGCGGAGACAGCACGAUUACCGUCAGGCUUACUGAGGGCCACAGCGAGUACGGCCCGAUCAGCGCGUAUCAGGUCGUGGUUGUGCAGGCUGGCACCAUACCGCCGGUCGACGAAGAGUACUUGAAUUACAGCGCCGCGUCGCAGAAGGGCUUAAAUUACUACGUUACCGCGCAAUUCGAUCCGUUGGACUUUCAUAGAUACAAAAAAUUCACCGUGGGCGAUGGAAAAAUGAUCGACGGUUAUUACAACGUUCCGUUGAAGGGCCACUACGUCACCGCGCAAGUCGGCCUGGCGGUAAUCUCGCGGGUGGCGUCGGAUGUACAACGUUCCUAUUCCGAUUUGACUAAUAACUUGCUCGGUCACGAGAGGCCAGCCGCGAAUCAGAUGGACUCGACCGCUCUCGUGCUCUGCAUAGCGAUCACGCUGCUGAGCAUACUGCUCGCCAUUUCGAUACUGGUGUACUUUGUGCUGCGACGGCGACACGAGAGAUUCCACAUGCAGAAACUGCCGGAGCAGCAGGAGCUCACGUUGCAGGGCCCAGUGUACGAGGUGGACAACAUGGGCUACAUUCCGGAGGACAUUCCCGAGAGAGUGAAUCACUAUCAGGAGCUGAAGAAGAAGGUCUGGAGUAUACCGCGAAGCUCCCUGUCCGUCGACAGUCACCACAUCGUACGCAGGGGACGUUUCGGCAGCGUGCACACCGGCACCGUUCUGAAGGACGACGGGUCCUGUCCGGUGACGGUUCACACCAUAGCCGACGGCGCCCUGAAGGGAUCCGACAAGAGGCACAUGCUGAGAGAAUUGGACGUGUGCAUUCGUGCGGGUUCCAUGAAGUAUCUCGCGAGCCUCGUGGGAACCUGCGAGACCACCGACACGCUGUACGUCGUGCUGGAGCUGCCACCGCAGAUCUUGAAGAACCGUUUGUUGGGCGCGCGAUCGGGGGACGUGUUCCCGAUAGACCGAAUACUAUCCAUCUCGUCCUCGAUCGCGGUCGCCCUGCAAUAUUUGGCGAGCCACAAGAUCAUCCAUAGUCGUCUAUGCGCGCGAAGCGUGGGACUGUCGAGCGACUGGACGCCGAAACUCAUGGGCCACGGUAUCUCCAAGUACGCCUUAGAGGACGUAAAGUACGCAAGGUGGACGGCUAUCGAGUGCUUCGACAAUCAGAAGAAGCAUCAACCGGGCGUGAUAUGGUCGUUCGGCGUACUGCUCUGGGAGAUGUUCAGCAUGGGCGGUACGCCGUACUCGAGUUUGACGCUCGACAGCGAGGUGGAGGACGCGGUUAUGCAAGGUGUUCGGUUACCGCAAUUGUUAGACGUCACAGAUCCGAUUUACGAAGUCAUGUCAUCCUGCUGGCGAGACGAUCCCGAGGAGCGGCCGACGUUCGAUGAACUCACACGAUUGGAUACCCUGAGUAUUUGUCCUAUUACUGCAAUCACGGAGCCGUACUUACCGGAAUUGGAGUUGAAUUAAUAUUCUUGUUUGCGUAUCCUUAGGCAUACCUGCAUUUACUUAACAGCGUAUCGAAUUCGAAGUUGUAAAUAUCUCUUUGUGUUCACGAGAAUCUCGUAGAUAUUAUCGUUACCAGCGUACGUAUACGUUUAUGUGGCAUAUCUGCAUUUUUAUCUCUGACAUCCCAAACUAAAAUUUAAAUUUUAUUAUAAUAAUGUAAGUAACGUAAGGUAAAUGUUAUGAAAGCAUUCAUACUAAUUCCGUCCAUGUUUAGUGAAAAAUAAUUGAAAUUAGUAUGUAAGAGCUAAUUGUAAGAUAAGAUUGUAUCUAUCUACAUAGAUAUAAUGCAUCGAGCAUUGCGGUAGAAAAUGAUUUUAUUUUUUCAACGUUUCUACAUUAUAUAUUACAUUCGUAAUAUAUACAUUACAUAUUACAUUUGUUCGUAAUUGUCUCUUUUACAUGAGAUUUUAAUUUACAGCAAUACCAAGGCAGAGAAAAUACUUUAUAUUAUCUGUUGGUUGCGAAAAAUAUGAAUGUAUAUUUUUAUGAGUAUCUUUCGGUUACUAAUGUUUUAGUAUUUGCAUAUUUAAAUAUUUAUGUUGACGUACUUAUUUCGCUAAUAUAACGCUGUCACUUCAAAAGUACAAAUAUAUUAUUAUCAAAUUAAUACGCGCGUAUCUGCAAUGUAUAUGUCUUUAAACGAACAAAUAAUAUAACCAGCCAAAUUGCUGCAAAGAAUAACAGUUUGAAUAUAAAACAAAAAAUGUAAUUUAAA